AUGAGAAUCUUCCGCAAAACCCUAGUUUCAUUUCCUCUCUUCAUCUUCUUAUUCCUCUAUGAAUCUUCCACGGCUCAAGAUACAAUCAGAAGAGGCGGGUUUCUUAGAGACGGCUCUACUCACAAACCUUUAGUCUCUCCACAAAAAACAUUCGAGCUCGGUUUCUUCAGUCCCGGAUCCUCCCCUGGCCGUUAUCUUGGAAUCUGGUACGGAAACAUCGAAGACAAAGCUGUCGUUUGGGUAGCAAACAGAGAAAACCCUAUUUCCGACCGAUCUGGAGUUCUUACAAUAAGCAACGACGGCAACCUCGUGUUACUAAACGGACAAAACAUAACUGUCUGGUCUUCAAACAUCACAUCGACCAACAACGACAACAACAGAGUCGGAUCUAUACUUGAUACAGGGAACUUCGAGUUGAUAGAAGUUAGCUCAGAGAGAGUCAUCUGGGAGAGUUUCAACCACCCAACGGAUACGUUCUUGCCUCACAUGAGAGUUCGUGUGAACCCCCAAACCGGAGAUAACCUCGCUUUCGUGUCGUGGAGAUCAGAGAACGACCCUUCUCCUGGUAACUUCUCGCUGGGGGUUGAUCCUUCAGGAGCACCAGAGAUCGUCCUCUGGGGACGCAACAACACGAGAAGAUGGAGAAGCGGGCAAUGGAACUCAGCUAUCUUCACGGGGAUACCUAACAUGGCUCUGUUAACGAACUAUCUUUACGGGUUUAAGCUCUCUUCUCCACCGGAUGAAACAGGUAGCGUGUACUUCACGUAUGUUCCUUCGGACCCAUCGGUUCUGCUUAGGUUUAAGGUUCUUCACAACGGGACCGAAGAGGAACUGAGAUGGAACGAGACUUCAAAGAGAUGGACUAAGUUUCAGGCUGCUCCAGAGAGUGAGUGUGAUAAGUACAACCGUUGUGGGAGUUUCGGUAUAUGUGACAUGAGAGGAGAUAAUGGAAUCUGUAGCUGUGUUAAGGGUUAUGAGCCAGUUUCUCUAGGGAACUGGAGUAGAGGUUGUAGGAGGAGAACACCGUUGAGGUGUGAGAGGAACGUUAGUAAUGUUGGAGAGGAUGAGUUCUUGACUUUGAAAUCUGUGAAGCUGCCUGAUUUUGAAACUCCUGAGCAUAGCCUUGCUGAUCCUGAGGAUUGUAAAGAUAGGUGUCUGAAGAACUGUUCUUGCACUGCUUUUACUUUUGUUAAUGGUAUUGGAUGCAUGAUUUGGAACCAAGAUUUAGUUGACUUGCAGCAGUUUGAAGCUGGUGGGUCUUCCCUUCAUGUCCGUCUUGCUGAUUCUGAGAUAGGAGAGAGCAAAAAGACCAAGAUUGUAGUGAUUGUGGCGGUUCUUGUUGGUGUGCUUUUGUUAGGAAUCUUUGCUCUGCUUCUAUGGAGAUGCAAGAGAAAGAAAGAUGUUUCAGGAACAUACUGUGGUCAUGACGCCGAUACAUCGGUUGUUGUUGUUGAUAUGACUAAGGCCAAAGACACAACUACAGCGUUUACAGGAUCAGUGGACAUUAUGAUCGAAGGAAAAGCGGUUAACACAUCAGAGUUGCCUGUUUUCUGUUUGAAAGUUAUAGUGAAAGCUACAAACGACUUCAGCAGAGAGAAUGAGCUCGGAAGAGGUGGAUUCGGACCAGUCUACAAGGGUGUUCUUGAAGAUGGACAAGAGAUAGCUGUGAAGAGAUUGUCUGGUAAGUCCGGACAAGGAGUUGAUGAAUUCAAGAACGAGAUCAUUCUCAUAGCAAAGCUUCAACAUAGGAAUCUUGUGAGAUUACUUGGUUGUUGCUUUGAGGGUGAAGAGAAAAUGCUUGUAUACGAGUACAUGCCUAACAAAAGCUUAGACUUCUUCAUCUUCGAUGAAAUGAAACAAGAGUUAGUAGACUGGAAACUUCGGUUUGCGAUCAUUGAAGGGAUUGCAAGAGGGUUGCUUUAUCUUCACAGAGAUUCAAGAUUGAGAAUCAUUCAUAGAGAUUUGAAAGUUAGCAAUGUGUUGUUAGAUGGAGAGAUGAAUCCAAAGAUCUCAGAUUUUGGUAUGGCUAGGAUCUUUGGUGGUAACCAAAAUGAAGCUAACACGGUUCGCGUUGUUGGAACUUAUGGAUACAUGUCUCCAGAAUACGCAAUGGAAGGACUAUUCUCGGUGAAGUCUGAUGUUUACAGCUUCGGUGUCUUGUUGUUAGAGAUCAUAAGUGGGAAGAGGAACACAAGUCUUCGAGCUUCUGAACAUGGAAGUCUCAUUGGUUAUGCUUGGUUUCUGUAUACACAUGGGAGAUCAGAGGAGCUUGUGGAUCCAAAGAUAAGGGCCACGUGCAAUAAGCGUGAGGCCUUGAGAUGUAUACAUGUGGCGAUGCUAUGUGUUCAAGACUCGGCUGCGGAGAGACCCAACAUGGCUGCAGUUUUGUUGAUGUUAGAGAGUGACACACCGACGCUACCUGUGCCAAGACAACCAACGUUUACUACUUCCACCAGAAGGAACUCCAUGGAUGUCAACUUUGCUCUUGAUUCAAGCCAACAAUAUAUUGUUUCCUCUAAUGAAAUCACUUCCACUGUUGUUCUUGGUCGAUAGAGUUCUUUUUUCACGUUUGUAAAGUUUGAUACAAUUAUUGUGAUAUUUUUCUGGGGUUAGUUAGGAUAAUAGAAUAUUAUUGGUUGAAUUUAUGUUGAUAAAGUGAAAUGUACGGUGUAUGGAUGGGUUUUACUAUGA